UGAAACUUCUGUUAUAUGAAAUUUAAUUUUCUGAUACAUUAUUUAUAUUAAAUAGAUGACGAGGUUCAAAUUCUACCCCGAGCUCCUAAGGUCCGGGAGAAACGCACAAAAUCUAGCCAGCGUGACAUAUUUAUAACUUUUGUGGAGAAUAACCCAGAAGUUCUUGAUAAUAAUGAUGCAGCAUACGCCAAAAAGUGAAAGGUCCUUACCAAGCAACUGAAUACGAUGGAACCCAGGAAAAGCACCAGUCAGUGGAUUAAGAACCUGAAAGAGUGGGAGUAUUCCCUGAAAUCAAAAUACAAUAGAGCGAAGAAAAACUCGCGGGUUGUUACAGAAAUAUCCAAUUUUGAGAUGAGGGCACUGUCAGCUUUCGGAAUGAUACGUUUGAAGGGAAAUUCAGAAAUAUCAAAUCUAUAUUUCCCAGAUGCAAGUGUCACAUCACGGCAAAGCAAAACUUUUUCAAGUACUUCGUCAAUCGCAUCUUCAUCUGUUGCUCAAGAAGAACCCCUUUCUCGUGAAGCAGAUUGUUUCUUGUCUGAGAUGGAAAAUUCUCCAGAAGUUACUCAUCAAGCCGAAGAACCAGCUCUCUCAAAGAAAAAAUCUUUUAAAGUGUCUACUGAAUCCUGGGAGGAAUUAGCUCCUCCGAAAAAGAAAUCCCGAUCUUCUCAACGUGAUCCUGAUAUGGCCGAUAUAUUGAAUAUUCUUUCUGAGCAAAACAUAGUAAACCAGAAGAACGCUGAAACUGCUGAGAAAAACGCUGAAAGCUUGGCUAUUAUAGCUAAUGCUCUGAAGGAUGUGGUGGGAUCAUUCAUCGGAAAUCGUCAAACACAAAAUUGAACUAAUAAGUUUUUCUUUCUAAUUUCUUUGUAUCAUUUAUUUAAUAAAAAAUGAAUUCUUAUUCA